AUGGGGAUCCCGAUUGUGUUCGUCGCCAGUCUUGUAUUCCUCUUCGCAUCGCAGCGUUUCCCAUGCACGGGUCAGCAAAUCGAUAUCGAAGCGAGGCGGUUAUCCGAUGGAGUCGACAGUGAGAAACUUCGGGAAUAUCUCCGACGACUGACCCAAGCACCUCAUGUGGCUGGAACCGAGGAAGAACUCGACACGGCCAUUUACGUGCGCGAUAAGUUUCUGGAAUUCGGGUUGGAUUCCGUGAAGAUAGUUCCUUACGACGUCUUGCUCUCCUACCCAGACAGAGAAAGACCGAACACGAUUCACAUCCUCGAUGGGACGGGAGAGAGCGUCUUCUCGACCCUGGGCUACGAAGAACCUCUGUUUGCGCCGGAAGAAAGUAGUCCCAGGGUGUUUCCCACCUUCAGUGCGUAUUCGGCCCCUGGGGAGCCCAUCGGAGAUCUCGUCUAUGCUUGCUACGGCCGUCGAGAGGACUUUCAAUACCUUCUCAGUCAAGGGAUAUCAGCGGAAGGAAAGAUCGUAUUGGCUCGCUACGGCAUGUCCUUCAGAGGCAACAUCGUCAAAUUUGCGAUGGAAUACGGAGCAAUCGGGGUCAUUUUGUAUUCCGACCCGAAGGAAUAUGCUCCCUACGGAGAAGACUUCGUUUACCCUGACAGCGAAUACAUGCCCGAUAUGGCGGUCCAGAGCGGAACGGUGAUGUUGGCCAACGGAGAUCCGACGACUCCACAAUGGCCGAGCGUUCCCGGCGCCUACCGGAUACCAGAAGCGGAGGCAGACUUGCCUGAUAUUCCCGUCCAGCCGAUCGGAUAUCGAGAGGCGAGAAUUCUGUUGGAGAAUUUGGCCGGAGUCCAAGCUCCUCCAGAGUGGCAAGGCGCCCUCAACGUCACAUACCGGCUUGGGCCUGGCUUCGCUCAGCCGAACUGGAAGGUGAAGAUGGAGGUUCGCACUCGUAACGAGAUGGCGACUGUGCACAACGUCAUCGGAAUACUCCACGGGUCGGUGGAACCGGAUCGGUACGUGAUCUUGGGGAAUCAUCGCGACGCUUGGGUUUUCGGUGCCGUGGAUCCUUCCAGCGGAACGGCUUCGUUACUCGAGAUCGCGAGGUUGUACGGCGAGGCCGCCCUCGAGGGGAACCGACCGAGAAGGACCCUCAUAUUCUGCAGUUGGGGCGCAGAAGAGUAUGGUCUCGUUGGUUCUCUGGAAUGGGUGGAGGAGCACGCCAACGUAUUGGCGGAUAGGGCAGUCAUAAAUCUGAACGUCGACAUUUCCGUUUCUGGGAACAGGACAUUGAGUCCCUCGGGAUGUCCUUUGACGUAUCAGAGUCUGUAUACCACGACCAAGAGCGUGGGGAAUCCGAAUCCGGAUGAGAUCGCGGCGGGUAGACCGACCGUCUUUCACACGUGGCUGCACAACUUCCCAUCUGAAGAUCCAGACGUCCCACAAGUCGGGAACUUGGGCAGCGGGAGCGACUAUGCCCCAUUCAUCCAUUUCUUGGGGAUACCUUCCAUCGACAUGUCGUACAUCGGGACCGAAGAAGGGGACUAUGCUUUGUAUCAUUCCCUCUAUGAGACCUUUCAUCUGGUCGACUACAUCCUGGACCGAGGAUUCACCUACAUGAAAGGGCUCACUCAAGUCUGGAUCGAACUGGCAGAUCACUACGCCAAUUCCGUCCUCAUUCCGUUCGAUGUCAGAGACUACGGCAAGUUUCUCCGACGACAGGCGCAGGACUUCUCGAACACUUUCGAGACGCAAUUGCAGGAACACGGGAUCUCGCUGGAGCUCUGGUGGAGCGCCAUCGAUAACGUCAUCUCGGCUGCCGACUUCUUCCACGGAGAACAUCAAGGCUCUUUGAACCUGGAGAACCCGUACGAAGUGCGACGAUUCAACGACGAGUUGAUGGCAGUCGAGCGGGUCUUCAUCGACUCGAUGAUCCAGAGCGACGCCCGCCACCUCAUCUACAAACCCAGCAGCUCCGACACGUACAGAGGGGAAGUGUUCGGGAGCCUCGUGGAUUUGCUGCUGGCGGCCGAUCCCGAUUGGGAGAAGGUGAAGAAAGGAGUGUCCGUCGUUGCUCACAUGAUCCAAUCAGCUGCGAACGUGUUGAUGGGCUCUCUCAAUACCCGAGGAUUUUGA